AUGGUACAUCCAUUGGCGUAUGGAUGCACCUUCUUUAUGCCUCUGAGCUACCUGCUCGUCACAAUUUGGCUUCUCGUCGCUUUAUUCUUUGCUGCAAGUAUAGCAUUGUUUUGUGGUCUCAAAGCGAAUGAUGUCUUUCUUUGCGCCAUUUGGAUUUGGUACGCUGUGAUAUUUGUGGUGUUUAUGUUGAUGAUGAUGAUUCUUCUGGUUUUGGUCUACACAUCACGGAGACAAAGAAUCAGAGUUAUCGUCGCAAUUCUAGGAAUGCUAUGGUAUAUUUUGACGAUUUACUUCAUCCUUGUUGUCAACAGUUAUAGAAAACAGCUGGUUAAAGGUCACAGCUUAGAAGAAAAAAUUAUUGAUAAACUUUAG